CCCGCACCACUUUCACCAAGACCGCAAUGGACCCAGGCUCGGCAGAUGGGGGAGAAAAGACAUGGUAAACACGCCAACGGUCCGGAAUAGGCUGAAGUUCUGCAGGCAAUAUCCACGGAUCCCCAUGCACCGAAUGCAUUAUGCGGGAGGUCUCUUCUCCGGCCGGGCGAGCAGAGCCUUGGAUUGGAGGCUUGGAAUCUGGGGGUCUCGACUGACUGCGGGAGGAAAGCUGCACCGAAGCACGGUGGCAGGGGCCUCAUUAAUACCUGCAUGACUCCUCGGGUCCGUGACAUUGGCGUUGCGUGUUUGGACAGUCUGAGUGUUGUAUUGUACAAUAUACAUCAUCAUAACCACUACCUAUACCAAGCGAGGUACAUUACAGAAAAAGGGUAGUAGUACUGCUAAUAGUAGUACCCUCACCAGUCAGCAAUCUCACUCACAACUCACAACCCAGCAUAACACAUCGCCACUAAGAAUCACAAAACCCGCCAAACCAUGUCGCCCCCCGCGAAAUCGGGCAUCAAGGUGGUCAUCGUCGGCGCCGGCUUCGGCGGGCUGACGGCGGCGAUCGAGUGCCACCGGCAGGGCCACGACGUGGAGAUCUACGAGAACUUCCCGGAGCUCAAGACGCUGGGCGACAUCAUCUCGUUCGGCGCCAACGCGGGCCGCAUCUACGCGCGCUGGUCCGACGGCGCCAUCGCCCGGCGCCUGCGCGCGCUGUCCAUCGACCUGACGCACUACGGCUUCCGCAUCCACAAGUUCGACACGGGCGAGGUCGUCUACCACCAGCCGACGCCGGAGCAGGACCCGCAGGCGCCCGUGUUCAACGGGCAUCGCGGCGAGCUGCACGAGGUGGUGUUUAAUUAUGCCAGGGACGAGCUGGGCAUCCCGAUCCACCUGGGCCAGCGCGUCGAGGAGUACUUCGAGGACGAGCAGCAGGCCGGCAUCGUGCUGAAGAGCGGCGAGCGCGUGGUGGCCGACGUGGUGAUCGGGGCCGACGGCGUGCGCAGCAAGGCGCGCGAGCUGGUGCUGGGCUACGUCGACAAGCCCAAGAGCAGCGGCUACGCCGUGUGGCGCGCCUGGUUCCCCAACACCGACAUGCUGGCCGACCCGCGCACGCGCCAGUUCUGCGAGAACGGCGACACCUUCAACGGCUGGAUCGGCCCGGACGUGCACUUCCUCUUCAGCACCAUCAAGAACGGCGCCGACUGCUGCUGGGUGCUGACCCACCGCGACGAGCACGACAUCGACGAGUCGUGGUCGUUUCCGGGGAAGCUGGAGGACGUGUUCAAGGUGCUCGAGGGCUGGGACCCCAUGUGCCGCGCCAUCGUCGAGAAGACGCCCGCCAAGGACCUCGUCGACUGGAAGCUUGUGUACCGCGACCCGCUGCCGACCUGGGUCAGCCGGCACGCCCGCAUCCUGCUGCUGGGCGAUGCCGCCCACCCCUUCCUGCCCACCAGCGCGCAGGGCGCCACGCAGGCCAUGGAGGACGGCGUCACCAUCGCCGUGUGCCUCAAGCGCGCCGGCAAGGCGAACGUGCCGGCGGCCGUGCGGGUGCAUCAAGAAAUCCGGUACGACCGCGUCCGCGCCGUGCAAAAGACGGGCGAGACGACGCGCGACAGGUGGCACAAGACCGACUGGGAGAAGGUGGCCCAGGACCCCAAGAGCAUCGCCUUCCCGCGCGAGGACUGGAUCCACCACCACGACGCCGAGAAGCACGCCGAGGACAUGUUCGACGAGACCUUCAAGCGGGUGACGCGGCCCGACCUGUUUCAGGAUGUCAAGCUGCUGCCCGUCGGGCCUAUCGGGCCUGUCCCAGUGGCGGUAUGAGGGUGGGACAAGGUGCGGGGGCUGUGGUAGAUUCAAUAGAAGUCUAGUAGAAUACCUUAUCUUAGUCUGGUUAGAUGAGACAUAAGUACUGCCUAUCUACUUUAUGCACUUAUGAUCGUGAUGGUCGGUUGUACUCCUAGGCUAUGAUGAGCUGUGGUGGUUUGCCCUGAGCUUUCUCUGACUCUUCCCCCUGAG